GAGGAGGGAUCAGAUCCCAGGUCUCCCAGGAGCGCUCGCCCUCUCCCAGGAGCGAUUCUGCACUCUCUCAGCACUCUAGCUUCCAGCAGAGCAGUCCUGCCGCCGCCGUUCUCUGCAGGCAGCAGAUUUGCCAUCUCAUGGAUAAUGACCAUUUAGAGGAAACAGAGUAAAUGAUAUUUACGUUUUUAAUAUUUCCCAAUUCAGAAUGGAGGCACAGAUAGCAGCAGCGACAAUGGAAGAACAUUGCACGGUGAUUUUAGAGAAAAUGUCACAAUUAAUCGUAGAAAAUAUGCCAAAGGCUGACUACUCCAGCUUAUUCAAUGAUUUUGUUGAAUCUGAGUUUUUCCUGAUUGACGGAGACUCCCUACUUGUCACAUGUGUGUGUGAGAAUUCACUUCAGCCAGGACAGAGUCUCCAUUUCUUCUACCUGGUUGAGCGCUAUCUGCUGGAUGUUAUUAGCAAAGGAGGACAGUUUGCCAUAGUUUUCUUCAAGGAUGCUGAAUAUGCAUACUUCAAUGUCCCUGAACUUCUCACCCUGAGAACUGCUCUAAUUCUGCACCUUCAGAAGAAUACCACCAUGGAUGUUUGGACUGACUUUUCUGGAUGCUUGUCGGAAGAGUGGAAUAAUGUCUUGGGUCAGAGUUGCCCAUAUUUCUUGAUUAUUGCUGACGAAGGCCUGAACAACGAGCAGACACACCUUUUCAACUUCGUAGUCAUUCAGUCUUGGGCAGUGAAGGUCAACGUUGUGCUCUUUUCGGGGCAGAGAUCUGACAUCCUCCGCCUUUAUGCAUAUUUUAUGCAAAGCUCACAUUCAAAGCAGACGUUUUUCGAGGAGUUUAAGAAGGAGAUUAUGAUUGCUUACAAAACCCUGAUUCGACAGUUGGAAAAAUAUAGAGACCUGGAUUUAACAACUCUGUUUGGAGAUUUAAAAUUCAAUAAUAUGGUGGGAAAGGCUUGUGAGACUCUAUCUCUGCUUAAGCAGCUCUGGCCAGAAGGAUCUGACAUCCGACGAGUCCUCUCUGUCACUUCGUGCUCCCUCUCCUUGGAAAUGUACCACCGUUUUUUAGGAAACAGAGAGAAGAAAGCAUCCAAGCAGACAGGCGAAGUCCAACAGAAAAAGGGUAAUUGUUUAACCCUGAAGGACAUGGAAGACUUCUGUAAGCUACAUUGCCUCAGUGUGGCUUUUCAACUCCAUCUACCUCUUUCCCAGCGAGCUCGCUCAAGAUUCAUCACUUCUAGUUGGAUUCAGGACCUCAAGACUGUCUUUAAAAUGAAAAAAUGGUGCGAGUAUUUCAUCCUAAGCAAUGUACAUAUGUUUGAAUUUGAGAGUCUGAAUUUCCUUCACCUUUCUGAUUUAAGUGAUAAGCCUUUGUUGAAGAAUAUUGCUUUUUACUAUGAAAAUGAAAAUGCAGAAGGCCUGGAUUUGGAUGUAGGAGAUGUCAUCAUGAAGGAAUAUGUACAUCUCUGGGACACUGUGUCGAAGUUGGUCAGAAACUUUGAUGUGGGGAAACCAUUUCCUUUGAGAACAACAAAAUGUCAUUUUCUUAAAAAGACCCCAUCGCCAAUUAAAGAAAGUUCCCAGGAGAAGAUGCCAAAUUUGGGUUUUAUUCCAAUGUCAUGUAAUUUGGUUGAUGAAUUUACUGGAGACAUUUUGAAAGACUUGCCUUUCCUAAAGUGUGAUGACCCCAUCGUCACCUCACUGGUUAAGUACAAGGAGUUUGAUGAACUUGUGCACUGGCAUUCCCACCGACCCCUCAGUGAUGAUUAUGACAGGACAAAGGCCAAUUUUAAUGAGCAUUCAAAAGACCCCCGUCAACUUAGAAGUUUGCAGAAGUAUCAUGUCUUUCAACGAUUUUAUGGGAACUCAUUAGAAUCAGUCUCUUCCAAGAUCAUCACAACUCAAGGUGUUAAGCCGAAGAAGGAUUGUAAUAAGUCCAGGGGCUCGAAGACACAUGAGACCAAGGCUGACAUCAUUGCUAGAGAGAAUAAGAAGAGGUUAAUUGCCAGGGAAGAACAAAAAGAAGAGGAAAAAUGGAAUACCCUGUCAUUUUCUAUUGAGAAGGAGAUGAAAAGGAACUUAAACUCUGGGAUGAAGAAGCUGGAGGAGUUUUUGAAAUCGUGUAAAAGUAAUUCAGUGAAAGCUCAGGCUGAAAAAGUUGGGUUAAUGGCUGGCUUGAAGGCUUGGAAGGAUCACUGCCGAGCUGAAGGUAAAACCUCAAAAGACUUAAGCAUAGCUGUUGAUAUGAUGAAGAGAAUGCAUUCGUUGUUGGACAAAUACUCUGAACUUCUGCAAGAACCAGAUCGGAAGCUCAUAGCCAGAUGUCUUAUGUACUUAGGGUUUGAGGAGCUAGCAAAUUCUUUGUAUCCAACCCAGGAUGAAGCAGAUGAUAUAAAAACAAGAAAAAAGAAUAAAUAUUCUGUUGGAAUUGGGCCAGCUCGGUUCCAACUACAACAUAUGGGUCAUUAUUUGAUACGAGAAGAAAGAAAAGAUCCAGACCCAAGGGUCCAAGAUUUUAUUCCUGAUACAUGGCAGCGAGAGCUCCUGGAUGUGGUGGAUAACUAUGAGUCUGCAGUGAUUGUUGCCCCAACGUCCUCUGGGAAAACCUAUGCUUCCUACUACUGCAUGGAGAAGGUGCUGAAGGAGAGCGAUGAAGGCGUGGUUGUGUAUGUUGCACCAACAAAGGCUCUUGUUAAUCAAGUGGCAGCAACUGUUCAAAAUCGUUACACCAAAAUUCUGCCAGCUGGUGAAGCUCUGUGUGGUGUUUUUACUAGGGAUUAUCGUCAUGAUGCCCUGAACUGCCAGGUGCUUAUUACUGUGCCUACCUGCUUUGAAAUUCUGCUACUUGCUCCUCAUCGCCAAAACUGGGUGAAGAAGAUCAGAUAUGUUAUAUUUGAUGAGGUACAUUGUCUUGGUGGAGAAAUUGGAGCAGAAAUCUGGGAGCAUCUCCUUGUCAUGAUCCGAUGUCCUUUUUUAGCCCUUUCAGCUACCAUAAGCAACCCUCAACAUCUUACUGAAGUGAUCGUUAGGAUCACUUGUGGUACUAGGAACACUUGCAUUUACAAUAUAACGAAAGGACAGAACACUGCUAUUGAAAAGUAUGGAUUCCCUUCUGAUCUUGCCUUUUCACCUCGAGAAAGCAUCCAGCUCUAUGACACUAUGCUUCAGGUCUGGAAGAGUUGGCCUCAGGCCCAGAACCUGUGUCCAGAGAACUUCGCUCACUUUAAGAACAAAAUAGUCAUUAAGAAGUUGGAUGCUAGAAAAUAUGAGGAGAGCUUAAAGGAAGAAUUCACGAAUUGGAUUAAAAAUGGCAACAAGGAACAGGCCAGGAUGGUGCUGCAGGAACUGAGUCCCAAUUUCCAAGACUACUCAGGGCGCAUGUUGGACUUCUUUCCACAUCUUGUUGAGAAGCUCAGGGAAAUGGAUAAGUUGCCUGCACUGUUCUUUUUAUUUAGAUUAGAGUCUGUAGAAGGAUGUGCUACAGAUGCUUGGAAAUUCCUGAAGCACAAACAGGUGGAGAAAAGACCUCCCAAUGCUGAUAAAGAAGCUCUUGUCAUGUUUAACAAACUUCAAAAAGUUCAAAAGUCUUUGGAGAGACGAAAGAUAAAAGAUGAAAAACCCUCCAGAAGAUUGGAUGAACGCAUCAUGUAUGAAGCUGAACACAAUUACCUCCUGAAGAGUCUGAAGAAGAAUCUGGCGAUUCCUGAGGACUGCACCUAUGCUGACCACAAAGCAAUAGACAGUGAGUCAUUGCAGAUGGUGUUCAAGCGAGUGACAUUCGAAAGAAAAGGUGCCAUACUGAAGAUUUUGGCAAGAAAGGGCAUUGGCUAUCAUCACAGCUCCAUGAGCGCCAAAGAAAAGCAGUUAGUCGAAAUUCUCUUUAGGAAAGGAUUCAUUAGGGUGGUGACAGCUACUGGAACACUUGCUUUAGGAAUCAACAUGCCUUGUAAAUCUGUGAUUUUUGCUCAGAACUCAGUCUAUCUGGAUGCUUUAAAUUUCAGACAGAUGUCUGGUCGGGCUGGAAGAAGAGGGCAGGACCUGCUAGGUGAUGUCUACUUUUUUGAUAUCCCACUGCCCAAAAUAGGAAAACUCAUAAAAUCCAAAGUACCUGAGCUAAGAGGACAGUUUCCUCUCAGUAUCUCACUCAUUCUAAGACUCAUGCUGCUGGCCUCCAAGGCAGAUGACCCAGAGGACGGCAAGGCAAAGGCACUGUCAGUGCUGAAGCACUCAUUGCUAUCCUUCAAACAUCCCCGGGUCACAGACAUGUUAAAGCUGUACUUCUUAUAUUCUUUGCAGUUCCUGGUGAAAGAGGGAUAUAUAGAUCAAGAAGGUAAUCCAACAGGGUUUGCUGGCCUGGUGUCACAUUUACAUUACCACGAACCAUCCAAUCUUGUUUUUGUCAAUUUUCUUGUGAGAGGUCUUUUCCAUAAUCUUUGUCAGCCAACUUAUAAAGGCUCAAAGCAUUUUUCUGAAGAUGUAAUGGAAAAGCUGGUUUUAGUAUUGGCAAAUCUUUUUGGAAGGAUAUAUAUUCCAGCCAAGUUUCAAGAUGCUAACAUCAAGUUUUAUCAAUCAAAGGUGUUCCUUGAUGACCUCCCUGAGGACUUCAGUGCUGCCCUGCAUGAGUACAACAUGCAAGUGACAGAGGACUUUGCUACUUUUCUGCUAAUUGUGUCCCGAUUGGCUGACAUGAAACAGGAAUAUCAACUCCCCUUGUCAAAAAUUGACUUCACAGGUGAAGAAUGUGAAGAUUCACCACUUGUGUCCCACUUGAUGAGCUGCGGGGAAGGCCGGGUGGCAGUUUCGCCAUUUGUCUGUCUGUCUGGAAACUUUGAUGUGGAUUUGCUCUGUCCAGGAGUUCCAAAUAACGUCAUUCUGCACACAAUUGGUAUCAAUCACAAUCAAGCCCCAGUGCUGUGGCCACACAGAUUGGAUAGUAGAGGAAGAAAAAUGCCACUUAAUGCGUAUGCACUUGACUUCUAUAAGCAUGGAUCCCUUGUGGGAUUAGACCAGGACAAUAGGUUACAUCAAGGGGCAGCUUACAACCUGUUGAAAGAUUUUUCCCUUACCAUUAAAUCUAUCAGUGUCUCCUUGCGUGAACUCUGUGAAAAUGAAGACGACAACGUUGUUCUAGCAUUUGAACAAUUGUCUAAGUCCUUUCAGGAAAAGUUUGAAAAAGUGUGAAAAGAAAAACUACGUAAAUCACAAAAAAAAC